AUGAUCCCUAGGACGGUGAUCUCGGACGAGGUCUACGUCCUCCCCCUGAAGGACGACGGCUCCCCCGACAUCCCGGGCGGGUAUGUGUACAUAGCUCCGAGAUCGAACGACCCGGUAACCGUCCGCUUUUCCAUCGAGGGCACUUCGUCCAUAUGCCGCCAGGGCAGCUUAUGGGUCAAUAUUCCGGAGCGAGGGGCCGAGUUCCGUAGAGAGCGGUUCCGUGAGUACAAAUUAAACCCCGACUUCAAUCGGACCAUCGAGAUCUCCAUCUCCAUCUACGAGGCCGGUGCCUUCGCUUUCUACACUACCUACGCUGAACUUCCAGACCUGACCUCGGCUCCGAUCCCCGAUGCCUCCAGCCCCGUAGAGCCCAAACGGACAGAAUUGUACUACAUCGAUGUUGCUCCUCGCCUGACGUUGGAUGGCGGGCCGUUGCCGCUGCCCGCACUAUCGAUAUUUUCCGUCAUCAGCAAAUUCAUGGGUAAGUAUCCCACGGACUGGGAAAGACACCUGAGGGGGAUCAGCGGCCGUGGGUACAAUAUGAUACAUUUCACCCCCCUCCAGGUCCGCGGCGGCUCCAAUUCUCCCUACAGCCUGUACGACCAGCUCGGGUGGGACCCCGAGUGCUUCCCCCAAGGAGAGAAGGAUGUGCAGCAAAUGGUGGACAGUCUAGAACAGAACCACUCCCUUCUCAGCUUAACCGAUAUAGUCCUCAACCAUACCGCGCACAACACCGGGUGGCUCCUGGAACACCCGGAAGCUGGGUACAACCUAACGACUGCCCCUUGGUUAGAGUCGGCGUAUAUUCUCGACACUCAGCUUCUCCUCUUCGGUUCUAAAUUGGAGGAGCUGGGCUACCCGACCGAACUUAAGACCGCCGGUGACAUCAUAAAAGUCAUGGAUGGUAUCAAAGAGCACGUCGUAUCCGAGAUUCGCUUGUGGGAAUACUAUGCGCUCGAUGUCGACAGGGACGUCGAUGCCGGAGUGGAAUCUUGGACGGCAGGGAAGCUGACCGUCCCCGACGGGUCUGUUGAAGGCGACUUGGAUACCCUCAAAGAAGCUAGCGUUAAGGAACAAGCUGCGUUCUUGUUAAAGAAUGGCCUGUUGGGAAACGACAGGCUCGGGGAACGUUUUCGACGAAGUAUCAACCCCUCGGUUUCAGCUGCCCUGGUCGCCACCCUGUUUGGGAAGUAUAAGGACGAGGUAGACGAGGCGGCCGUCCGCGCCAAGUUGACCCAGAUCCUAGACAUAGUCAACGUCCCAUUCUACGAGGAAUAUGACAAAGAAAUUGGGGAAAUUCUUCAGCAGUUAUUCAACAGGAUUAAGUAUGUCCGCCUCGAUGAACAUGGCCCUAAGCUUGGUCCCAUCAACGAGAAGAGCCCCCUGAUCGAAACUUACUUCACUCGCCUCGACAAGUCGCAAGCAUCCGAUAAAGCGAAGCCAGAAGACCUAGUUGUUGUCAACAAUGGCUGGGUCUGGGCUGGGAACGCGCUGGUUGACAAUGCUGGUCCUCAGUCCCGGGUGUAUCUCCGGCGUGAAGUCAUCGUCUGGGGCGACUGUGUUAAGCUCCGGUACGGGAGUGGCCCUCAGGACAGCCCGUGGCUGUGGGAGCACAUGACCAAGUAUGCCCGGAUGCUCGCCAAAUACUUUGCCGGAUUUCGGAUAGAUAACUGUCAUUCCACCCCCAUACAUGUCGCGGAACAUAUUCUUGACGAGGCUCGCCGUGUUCGACCGAACCUCUACGUCGUGGCUGAACUUUUCACUGGUAACGAGGAAAUGGAUUACGUCUUCGUGAAGAGACUCGGUCUAAGCUCGUUGAUCAGAGAAGCCAUGCAAGCUUGGAGUACAGCAGAGCUCAGCAGAUUGGUGCAUCGGCACGGCGGACGUCCUAUCGGAAGCUUCGAAGUGGACGAAAUCGCCAAGAGCAGCGUUGGAAGUGCCCCCACCAGCCCUGGACUUAACGGCUACUCGAGCAGGGAAAUCAUCCGCAAGAUUAAGCCCGUGCCGGUUCAAGCCCUGUUUAUGGAUUGCACACACGAUAACGAAGUUCCGGCGCAGAAGAGAGACGCAAGAGACACGUUACCGAAUGCCGCUCUGGUAUACAUGUGCGCCAGCGCCACAGGGAGCGUCAUGGGAUACGAUGAAAUAUACCCGAAACUUGUCGAUCUCGUCAACGAAACUAGAUUGUACACAUCUGCGUCGUCCUCCGCCGAGGAAGUCACGGUAGGCGACAGGAAAGGUGGCAUCGGCGGGGUUAAGAAGCUGCUCAAUCAGAUCCAUACGCUAAUGGGUAUGGACGGUUACGAUGAGACACAUAUCCACCACGAAGAUCAGUAUAUCACCGUCCACAGAGUGCAUCCCGAAUCGAGGAAAGGGUAUUUCCUCAUCGCCCAUACUGCCUACCCCGGUUACGGAAACGGCAACGGAGCGUUCAACGCCGUGCACCUUGGCGGCACAAAAGCGCGGCAUCUGGGUAGUUGGAUGUUGGAGGUCGACACGAGUGACGAGGCCAAGAAGGAGGUCGAGAGCGACAAGAAAUACUUAAGAGGCCUUCCAAGCCGUGUGGUGGAUGUGCCUGGCGUUCGAUUGGAAGCCAAAUCCGACGAGACGAUCAUUACGGUGCGCGACAAAUUCCCUCCCGGCAGCAUUGCGUUGUUCGAGACCUGGAUCCCAGCGGCGGAACACUCUGCUGGCUUGGACACAUACGUCACAUCCGGGGCUAAAGAGGUCAUGGACGAGCUGAACUUUGCUGAGCUCAAUUUCUUGCUGUAUCGGUGCGAAGUGGAAGAGCUCGACGCUAGCGAUGGCAAAGACGGUACUUACGACAUCCCGAACCACGGCAAGAUCGUGUAUGCCGGUCUCCAGGGCUGGUGGAGUUUACUGAAGGAUAUCAUCAAGAACAACGAUCUGUCUCAUCCGCUCUGUCAGAACCUUCGUGACGGCAAAUGGGCCCUAGAUUACAUUGUUGGACGCCUUGAUAGAGUAAGUAAACAGCCGGAAUUCUCUGGCCUCGCUAUGCCCGCCGCCUGGCUCAAAGGGCGUUUCGAUGCGAUUCGCGGCAUUCCUAACUUUUUGCUACCGCGUUACUUUGCGCUUGUCAUGCGGACUGCCUAUAAGGCUGCUCGGGAUAGAGGCUUGGAGCUCAUGAGCGACAAGGUGCGAGGUGGCCAGUGGUUCCUCCAAGAAUUGGCCAUGGUCAGCAUACAGAUGACUGGGCUGCUCAAGUCUGCGUCUCUGUGGCCGACAAAGUCGGUCUCUUCUCUGGCUGCUGGAUUGCCGCAUUUUGCUAUAGAGUGGACUAGAUGUUGGGGCCGCGAUAUUUUCAUCUCCCUUCGUGGUCUCUAUUUGGGGACUGGCCGGUUCGACGAGGCUGCGGAGCACAUACUCGCAUUCGCCAGCGUUCUCAAGCAUGGCAUGAUCCCGAACCUACUCAGCAGCGGGAAACUGCCACGGUACAAUAGUCGGGACUCCAUCUGGUUUUUCUUACAAUGCAUCCAAGACUAUACUCAGUAUGCGCCGGGCGGAUUGGACCUCUUGAAAAGGACAGUGAAGCGACGUUUCUUACCGUACGAUGAUACUUGGUUUGACCACGAAGAUCCAAGAGCGUAUUCAAAAGAGAGUCUAGUCCAGGAUGUCAUCCAAGAGGCGCUUCAGCGCCAUGCGUCUGGCUUGAAGUUCCGCGAAGCGAAUGCCGGCCCAGCCAUCGACUCACAGAUGCGUGAUGCGGGGUUCAACAUCGAAGUCAACGUUGACUGGUCGAACGGUAUCAUUUUCGGUGGCAAUCAGUCCAACUGCGGUACAUGGAUGGACAAGAUGGGGGAGAGUGAGCGCGCCGGCUCUAAGGGCAUCCCGGGUACUCCUCGUGAUGGCGCCGCCGUUGAGAUCACCGGACUUCUCUACAGCACCCUGAGAUGGCUCGCUAAGCUGAACACCGAGGGGAAAUACUCGUAUAAAGGGGUCAAAAAACCAGACGACUCCGAGAUCACAUUUUCGGCUUGGGCGGACCUUGUGAAGUCCAAAUUCGAAUACUGCUACUACGUGCCGGUGAGCCCGUCGGACGAUGCCAAGUACGACGUCAAUCCAGGCGUCGUCAAUCGUCGGGGUAUCUACAAAGACCUGUACCGCUCCGGAAAGGAGUUUGAAGACUACCAGUUCCGGCCCAACUUUGCGAUAUCGAUGACGGUGGCACCGGACUUGUUCGACGCGGACCACGCGAUGGGCACUCUCGUGCUAGCGGAUAAGGCGCUGCGGGGACCGACCGGGAUGGCGACGCUUGACCCAGCAGACACCAACUACCGGCCGUACUACGUCAACAGCGAGGACUCAACGGACUUCACGACGUCAAAGGGGCGCAACUACCACCAGGGGCCCGAGUGGCUCUGGCCGACGGGCUUCUUCCUGCGGGCGCUGUUGCGGUUCGACCUGGCGCGACAGUCGACGCGCGAGGGCCGCGUCGAGGCUUUCCAGCAAGUAACACGCAGGCUCAGCGGGUGCAAGGACAUGAUCCGGAGCAGCCCCUGGGCGGGGCUGACGGAGCUGACGCAGAAGGGGGGCGAGCACUGCGCUGACUCGAGCCCGACGCAAGCCUGGAGCGCGGGGUGCCUCAUCGAUCUGUACAUGGACGCUGCCGAGUACGGCAUGGAGUGA